UCCCUCCUCUCCUCCCUCGUUUCUCCUGACACGCUCUCAUCCUACAAGGCUCCAACCCCAAGGCAAGCAUGCCAAACGCGCUUCUUCCAUAAACCCCCGCAAUCCCAACACCCUCUCCAAACCCUCUCCGACCGAUCGAUCCCCCACCACCUCCUCCGCCUCCCAUGGCGGCCGCCGCGGCGGCGGUCGGCGUCGUCGCCUUGCUGUUGUUGCUGCCGCUCGCCGCGUCGGCGUACGGCGACGGGCUGGGCCGAGCGGCCGUGGGGGUCAACUGGGGCACGAUGACGUCCCACCCCAUACUCCCGUGCGAGGUGGUGCGGAUGCUGGCGGCCAACGGCGUCGCCCGGGUGAAGAUGUUCGACGCCGACCCCUGGACGGCCGCGCCGCUCGCCCACACCGGCAUCCAGGUCAUGCUCGCCGUCCCCAACGACCAGCUCGCGCGCCUCGCCGGCGACCCGCGCCGCGCCUACCGCUGGGCCGAGCAGAACGUCUCCGCCUACCUCGAGGCCGGCGUCGACGUCAGGUAUGUGGCUGUUGGCAAUGAGCCUUUUCUAAAGAGCUACAAUGGCAGCCUAAUCAAUGUAACCUUUCCUGCGCUCAAGAACAUGCAAAGAGCUCUAGACAAACUUGGUUUAGGUGAUCAUGUAAAGGCAGUUGUCCCACUCAAUGCUGAUGUCUACAACUCCCCUGAGAAUAAACCAGUGCCAUCAGCUGGGAGCUUCCGCAAGGAUAUCAAUGCCCUCAUGGUUGACAUUGUCAAUUUCCUCAAUAUGAAUAAUGCACCCUUUGUUGUUAACAUCUACCCAUUUCUCAGCCUAUACCAGAAUCCAAACUUCCCACUCAAUUUUUCCUUCUUUGAUGGUGGUAGCAAGCCAGUUUAUGACAAAGGUGUGGUCUACACCAAUGUGUUUGAUGCCAACUUUGACACCCUUGUUUGGUCACUAAGGAAGGCUGGUGUGCCUGACAUGAAAAUCAUUGUUGGUGAGGUUGGUUGGCCAACUGAUGGUGAUAAACACGCAAAUGUGAGAUAUGCACAGAAGUUCUAUGAUGGUUUUCUGAAGAAGAUGGUCAGAAACAUUGGGACACCUCUCAGACCUGGUUGGAUGGAAGUUUACCUAUUUGCACUGAUUGAUGAGAACCAGAAGAGUGUACUGCCUGGGCGCUUUGAACGUCACUGGGGACUACUCACAUAUGAUGGAAAACCAAAGUUCUCUAUGGAUCUCAGUGGAGAUGGCCUAGACAAUCUGGUUGGAGUUGAAGUGGAAUAUUUGCCAGCACAGUGGUGUGUUUUCAACAAGGAUGCAAAGGAUAAGUUCAAAGACUUGCCAGCCGCUGUAAACUACGCAUGCUCAAAUGCAGAUUGUACACCACUGGGCUAUGGAUCCUCCUGCAAUAAUCUUAGCCAUGACGGCAACAUAUCAUAUGCAUUCAACAUCUAUUUCCAAACAAUGGACCAGGAUGUUAGGGCAUGCUCUUUUGAAGGCCUCGCAAAGAUCACAACGAUAAACGCAUCGCAGGGAGGAUGUUUAUUUCCAGUGCAGAUUCUAAGUGCUUCAGAAAGGGUUGUGCCACUGAGAUUUUUGCCUACAUCCUUCUUGAUUCUCCUAAUGGUUGUGUCCAUUCUUACAUAGAGUCAGAGACAAUGGAGGACCGGUAAGUGCUGAUACCUUGGGGUUGUUGGAGCAUGACACAGUAAAGAACAUAGGAACUGAUACCUUGGGUUGUUGAAGAGUUGAAGCUGCAGUAACAUAGGUUUGUAAAGCAUUUUUCCCCUCGUAUUUUGAUAGGCAAAACAAGGUGGAAACAGAGCUGUAUGCCUUCACCACCGUGCCAGCGGUAAUUUGCAUGGAUGAGAAAUAUGAGACAGGAUAGACUAGCCCUUCUUUAUACCUCUGUUUUCAGCUUGCGAUCUUGCAGUUCAUUUUUUUUUAUUUUCUAAACGACCUUGCAGUUCAAUUGUCAAGCUGAAUGCUGGUAUUUUACAGCAGCAUGCCUUCCAAAUACUGAUGCUACCUACCUGUAACUGUAAGGCUGUAAACCAAUGUAUUGGCGGUACAGAGUCAUAUGUGAAUGAACGCUCUGCAAUUUUAGCUGCUCUUGAA